CUGCAGAGCGGUCAGGAGGAGGGUGUAUCUCCCGAGAGCUGAGCGUCCGAAGUUCUCCUCCUCCUCCUGCCGCCGAGCCUCCGCCGCCACCCGUCGGACUCCUCCUUCUGCCGGUCCCGGCGCGGAGCCGCCCAGACGACAAGGGCGGAGCACUCUCCGGUGGGAACUAGCUCAGCCGCGGCUUGCGGAGCCCGCGGGGCGGCAGACCGGCUUGCGGUGCAGAUUCUUCUUAAUCCUUUGGUGAAAACUCUGUGACACGAGAUGGCCGCAAAUAAGCCCAAGGGUCAGAAUUCUUUAGCCUUACACAAAGUCAUCAUGGUGGGAAGUGGUGGUGUGGGCAAGUCGGCUCUGACUCUGCAGUUCAUGUAUGAUGAGUUUGUAGAGGACUAUGAGCCUACGAAAGCAGACAGCUAUCGGAAGAAGGUGGUGCUGGAUGGGGAGGAAGUGCAGAUUGAUAUCUUGGAUACAGCUGGACAGGAGGACUACGCUGCAAUUAGAGACAACUACUUCCGGAGCGGGGAGGGUUUCCUCUGCGUCUUCUCUAUUACAGAAAUGGAAUCCUUUGCAGCCACAGCUGACUUCAGGGAGCAGAUUUUAAGAGUAAAAGAAGAUGAGAAUGUUCCAUUUCUGCUGGUUGGUAACAAAUCAGAUUUAGAAGAUAAAAGGCAGGUUUCUGUAGAAGAGGCAAAAACCAGAGCCGAUCAGUGGAAUGUUAACUACGUGGAAACAUCUGCUAAAACACGAGCUAAUGUGGACAAGGUAUUUUUUGAUUUAAUGAGGGAAAUUCGAGCCAGAAAGAUGGAAGACAGCAAAGAAAAGAAUGGAAAAAAGAAGAGGAAAAGUUUAGCCAAGAGAAUCAGAGAAAGAUGCUGCAUUUUAUAAUCAAAGCCCAAACUCCUUUCUUAUCUUGACCAUACUAAUAAAUAUAAUUUAUAAGCAUUGCCAUUGAAGGCUCAAUUGACUGAAAUUACUUUAACAUUUUGGAAAUUGUUAUGUAUCACUAAAAGCAUGAAUUGGAACUGCACUGAAAGUCAAAUUCACUUAAAAAAGAAAUUAAUGUGGCUUCAUCAAGAAGCAAAGUUGAACUUCUUUCAUAAUUGCCUACAUUUAUCACUGUCCUGAAUGUAGUGUGUGAGCUUGUGUUUCAUGGGCAGUCUUUCUUGAACUGUUAAAGAGGUAAGAUGGGGGUGGGAUUUGGAGGAAAGGCUACUUCCUCUGGUUGAUUAUAAAGCUUAAAUUUUCUAUCAUUUUAAAAUGUCUUGGUCUUCUGCCUUGAAAAAUGACAAUUGUGACCAUGAUAGUUAAACUGUACCACUUUUUUUAACCAUUGUUAUGCAAAAUGUAGAAGAAAAAGUUAUUGGCAUGAUUGUUGCAUAUAGUUAAAUUGAGAGUAAUUCAUCUGUGAACCUGCAUUAAUUAUCUGGUGAUUAACUUAGAAAAGUGGUGUAAACUUGUACAUGGAAAUUUCUGAAUAUGCCUUAAUUUAGAUACCGAAAAAUACCCAGUUACGUCAUUCUGGGUAUGUCCUCACUGGCGCGGGGGGCCCAUUGCCCCAUGUGUCCUGGUGAGAGAAUAUAUGCCUGGUAUGGAGUACAACUUUUGUAUAGAAGAUUGUUGAGAAAUAACUGUCUGCUGGGAGUCUAUCCAGAUUUAAAAUGUGUGCCAUACUCUGGUUCUUACAGUUCCAGAGCUGCUUGAUCGCUUCUAAUUCACUGUCUAAAGUGAAGGGUCGGCAUGUAAGUGUAAGAUAAUUUUAGACUGAGGAUUCAGCUCCAGUUAUGUUUCAGCGAACCCUCUUUAAGAUGCUGUCCCUGGAAAUCCCUUUCUGCAAAUGGUGAGCCUGUGUUAAGUGUUUGAUCUCUUUGGAGCAGGGCACAGGAAAGAUGUCAACAGUGCUAAUGCAUUGUGCACCAGAACACUUUGGGAAAAUACUCAUACUUGCCACCUGUUAAUUUCUAAAUUUGUACUCAUGAGGUUACAGUUGGGCUAUAUGGGAGUUCUUAGGAGUAUUUGUAGUCUGUUUGUGUUCAUAGUGAAGGACACUGUAGCUACACUUUCCUAAAGUUAACAUCAAGUAAUCAAACCCGAGUAUAGUGCAGAAAACAUGUUUGGCAUACACAGACCAAACAUUAGGCCUGUGUCACCGUUGUGUGGUGUGUCCACUGGAAGAAUUCUAGCACGCUAUUUGGGAACAUAAUUUCAAUGGGAAAUAUACCACUGUCAGAUAUUUCUUUUUUUCUUUGGAGUGGGGCUAGGACAGUUGAUUCAACAAAGUUUUUUUCUUUUUGCCCAGUCUUAAUUUCAACAAAUAUGUGUUCAGGCAUUCCAGGUAACGGAUGUGUACGUAAAGUUAACAGAAAUAGGCUUUUUAGGAACUCAACUCUUUAGAUAUUAUAUCUGGCUUGUCAUGUUAAAUAUUUGUCCUUAAAGGGUUUGAGAUGUACAUCUUUCAUUUUGUAUUUUUCAUAGGCUAUGCCACGUGCAGAAUUAAAGUUACUGAUGUAACGCUGGCCCUGCGGCCCGCGGCCUCCUUGUGUGCUCAUUGCAGUCUUCUUUAACCAGGGGUCCUAACCACUAACAUUGUGACUUUGCUUUGAGACCUUUCCUCUCCUGGGUACUGAGGUGCUAUGAAGCCAGCUGACAAAGAUGCAUCACAUGUCUUCGGCUGAUGCCACUACCCGAUUGGUUUAUUUGCAAUUUGAGCCAUUUAAAGACCAAUAAACUUCCUUUUUUUAAAUGUU